AACAAACCUGGAGUGAUUAUAAACAAUAGUUUUACAUAACCUCUGACCCACAUAGUUACAGUAUCGGAUAGUGACAUAUAGGAUGACACGCAAAAACUCAUAAGUCACCUGAAUUACAGGCAGCGUUCCACUGUACGACCAAGCACAGACAGAGCCUUACGGCAAGAAAAGAGCAGUGCGUUUGAUCCCGGUUACACAAUUAGCUCGAUGAUGCGCUGCUAUUCUCAAGUACCCGGGCGAAACUUUUGCGCGGUUCUUGACCAGGAUGCAAGUCGGCAGGUGUGCCCAUAACUGCUGCAACGACCUGUCUGACAGAUGGCCUGAUGAUGCAGUGCAGGCAGCCCAAGUACGAGCUGGUCCAGGAGGUGGGGCGGGGCACGUACGGCGUGGUGUACGAGGCGCUGGCCCGGCGGUCCGGGGCGCGCGUGGCGGUGAAGAAGAUCCGCUGCCAGGCCCCGGAGAACGUGGAGCUGGCCCUGCGCGAGUUCUGGGCCCUCAGCAGCAUCCAGAGCCAGCACCCCAACGUCAUCCACCUGGAGGAGUGCGUGUUGCAGCGGGACGCCCUGGCCCAAGCCCUCAGCCACGGCUGCAGCUGCCCGCUGUACCUGGAGCUGGUGGAGACGUCGCUGAAGGGCGAGAUAACCUUUGACCCCCGCUGCGCGUACUACCUGUGGUUCGUCAUGGACUUCUGCGACGGCGGGGACAUGAACGAGUACCUGUUGUCGCGGAAACCCAGCCGCCGCACCAACACCAGCUUCAUGCUGCAGCUGGGCAGCGCGCUGGCCUUCCUGCACCGCAACAACAUCAUCCACCGCGACCUCAAGCCCGACAACAUCCUCAUCUCCCAGGACCGCUCGCCCGCCGGCCUGCCCGAGCCCACGCUCAAGGUGGCCGACUUCGGCCUCAGCAAGGUGUGCUCCUCCUCGGGCCUGAACCCGGACGUGAACCGCUGCUUCCUGUCGACGGCGUGCGGGACGGACUUCUACAUGGCGCCGGAGGUGUGGGAGGGGCAGUACACGGCCAAGGCGGACAUCUUCGCGCUGGGCGUGAUCAUCUGGGCCAUGGUGGAGCGCCUGACGUUCGUGGACACGCAGACGCAGAAGGAGCUGCUGGGCUCGUACGUGCAGCGGGGCGCGGAGAUCGUGCCCCUGGGGGAGGCCCUGCUGGGGAACCCGCGGCUGCAGCUGCUCAUCCCCGCGCGGAAGAAGAGCAUGAGCGCCGGCCUGAAGCGGCUGAUCCGCGACAUGCUGUCGGCCAACCCCGCUGAGCGCCCCGACGCCGCCCAGCUGGAGCUCCGGCUGCUGCAGAUCGCCUGCAGGGAGUGGGACUGGGACACGUGA